UUAAGAGAUUAAAUAAAUCACUUUGGUUCUAUUUCCCCUCCACCACAGGUGGUGGCGCCAUUGAGUCAGUUGUCUCUAUCACUCAAACGACGACGCACUCACGUUCAGAGCGGCAAAAACAAAGAAGGCAAGUGCGCGGCUUUUUUGAAAAUUUUCGUUAGCAUCUGGAUAAUGCUGUUCUGGAUUCGUUUAAUUGACAGUAAUAUUUCAUAACCUUGUGACGAGAUUGGUUAACAGUUCACUAAAGGAUCUGCCAGGUUUCUGCAUUUGUUUUCCCGUCCAGUCGCAAAGUUGACUAUGGAGGGAGUCGAGUCCCGUUUCGCUCAGCUGUUGAAGCCCAUCCGCGAGCUCACGCAGAACUGGGAAGUGGACCUGGCAUCGCAGCUCGGGGACUACCUGCAGGAGUUGGAAGGGGUCCGUAUCAGCUUUGAUGGAGGUAAAACGACCAUGAACUUUGCUGAGGCCGCGCUGCUCUUGCAAGGCACGACAAGCAUCUAUGGCAAGAAGGUGGAACUCCUUCACAGCUUGGUGUUCCAAACUCUGGAUUACAUAUCCAACAAGAGCAAAAAGAAAGACAAACAGCAAGCCGCGGGAGGAGAGGAUGAAGGCUCACAGGAAGUGGUCACCAACGCCAGAGAAGAUGCCCUUCAGGAGGAGCUAGUGAGUGAAAAAACAGACGUCAAUACGGUGACCCUUCAUGCAGAUCCCUCCACGGUGCUGGAGAUCUCCCCAGUCCCCCCUGAAGCCCUUAUCCCUGUGGAUGCUUUGGAGAAACAGGAGUUCCCCUUUCUGAAUGUGCGUGGUGAGGUGCUGGGCAGCUGGAAGGACUUCCGUGUGUGUGUGUUCUCGGUGGACGCGGCGGGCGCUCUGCAGAUGGGCAUGGCCGCCUUCCACUCCUACUUCCUGCGCAGCUUCAGCGGAGACGACGCGGCCCAGCCGCUCCACCACACCCCCCUGGACAUGCCCCACCUCCACAGGGAGCUCACGGGCUCUGCUGGGAUGGGAGCAGGGGAUGCUGGGAUGGGAGCAGGGCAUGCUGGGAUUGGAGAGCCAGAGGUCGAAGGUCACCAAGAGGAAGAGGCCGGGUUCAUGCCCCUGGACGAUCAUGGGAUGGAGAUGGACGCAGAGAAUGACGAGCACAUUGAAAGACACCAGGUUGAGGGUGGCAGUGACAGGAGAAUGCUGAGGGAGAGAGCUGCUGUGAAACCAGUUGCCAUUGACCCAAAGCAACAGAAGGAAGUGGUGGAUGUCUGGAAGUGGCAUGACCUGUACACUGUCGUGGGUGAAGACAAACCUCUUGCGAAAGGCCGUUGCUGCAAUGUGCCAGCAGGGUUGGAAGAGUCGGGCAAAAGAAAACGCAAAACCUCCUCCAAACUGGAUGACUUUGGAACGUGGUGUAUGAAAGCAUACAAGGUGUCUGAUCGCAAACUGAAGAACGGCCCUUCGCUGCCAGAACUUAACUACAUCUAUCUGAAUAAGAUGAAGGAGCGUAUCAGAGCCCGUAGAGAUGUCCUCAGGAGAACGGGUGUCCCGGUGAGUGACGAGCAGCUGAGGAGAACCUAUCUGGAGGAGGAGGAGGACGCAGGGGAGCACCAGGAGGCCGAGGACCCAGAGGAGCUGAGGCACCAGGAGCCCGACGGUAAUGGUGUAAUCCAGGACUCACCUGAGGAGUUGGGGAUCAACUUCAGCCCAGAGGAUGACUGUGGCGAUAAUGAGGACCAUGACAUGGGUCUACCCAGCAUGCCGAUAGAGGACAUCAGUUAUGAAGACCUGGUUAAGAAGAGUAUGGCCCAGUUCUUUGCCAACACUGAGCGUUACGCGAAGGUCACUGCACUUUCUCAACGAGUACAAGACUGGGAGGACCAGAUCAGACCGCAUCUCGCUGCUGAGGAGGAGAGAGGUGUGUUUGAUAUCCGUGACUAUGGCGACCGGGUCAUCAACGCCUUCAGCCAGGUGAAAGAGAAGCGAACCUUCGCCUCCAUCGUCGCUGGCAAGAACAACCACGAGGUCUGCAGAUACAUGCUAGCCUCCCUUCAGCUGGCCAACGACUACACGGUGGAGAUCAGUAAGGACGGUGAGCUGGAGGAGUCUGUGGACACCAUGGCCCUCACUCUACUGUCCGAGCGGCGCGCCCACGACCGCCUCAAGGCCUACAGCGCCAACGCUGGCAUGGAUGUGCAAGCGCAGGUGGAGGCGCAGGUGCACGUGGAGGUCAACUGAGUUCAAGGGUCAACAGUGCGUUCGGAGUCAUGCCAAAGAUCGUUAAGGCGGAACAAGAUACCGCAUCAGAAGCCACUUCAGGGAAUCAAGUUAACAUGGCGGGCGGGUCCAAAAUCCCCCUUUAUGCAGAGAAGAGGUCCAUUGAGGUCUAUGGCCUCUGCUCUGCACAAAGGGGGAUUUUGCCCCCCGUCUCGCGUGAUUCGGGUUCCCGGAAGUGGCUUCUGAUGGAGUAUCUUGCUCCGCCUUGAUGAUCUUUAGUCAUGUGGCGGCUAAAAGCAGUGCAUGCUGGACUUUUACACAUGCAUUGUGCCAUCUUUGCCCAUAUAAGGAGCACCGGGUACUGUCUUUGUCCGGAUCUCCUUAUAUGAUGUUUCCUGGAUCUCCCUGAUAUGGGCAAAGAUGGCACCUUUUGGGGCUUUUAUCCAGGCAAAUAUUAGAGGUCUAUAAGAUGCUCCAUGAAUCCGAAUGCACCCCUGAAGACGAACGCACCCAUUCUGCUAACCAGUGAUCCUCAACACACAGCAUGUUGUACCCGGUACAGCCACAAGCUGAUGUCGAUCUAUAUAUGUUUAUAUAUGGGGAUUUUUUUCCUGCAAAAAAAAAAGGAAUUUCAUUUGAAUUCAGGUGAAUCAACAAAUGUUGACAGUUGAACAAAUUGUUUUUUUUUUUUUUUUAAAGAACAAAACGAUGAAAAAUAGAUUAUUUAUAUCUCAAAUACGUUGUGAAGUGGAAAGGGUGAUCUUGGUAUAUUGUCUCUGACUAUUGUCUGUGUGCGCUUUGUACGUCUGUAGUUCUUUGUAUGGAAUUUUAUAUCUAGUUAUACCUGAUAACAUGAAAACAUUUUUAUCUGUGGUCACAGGUCUACCUGUGCCUGAGCUUGCAUGGCUCCAGAUCUAUGACCUUAGAGAAUGGGGGAAAGGGUAUCUGUCUGUGAUGGCCUCAAGCCUGUCUUUUUAUCAUAUAAACUGUAAACAAAUGGUGUCUUUGUAGUUAUGAAAGGCAGCUUCUCAACAUUUACACUUUUACACUUCUCUUCACAUGCUCUCAAAGCAAAUUAUGCCCUAUACAAAUAAUAAAUAUUUUUCAAUUUACCAUAAA